AUGUCAAAUAUUACUUGGAAACCGUUAGAUGACGGAUACACAGAGCAUAUAGGAAUAUUUAAUGAGAGCCAGAUUAGCUUCAUGGAUGUGUUAACGGUGUGUAACCUUAACCAAUUGAAUUCUGUACCUAAUUUUAUGGGCAGACUCUUGGACCUGGCGCUGUCUAAUACUAGCCUAGAACUGCUUCCAAGCUCCCACCCUCUAGUGCCGGAAGAUAGCCAUCACAGAUCUAUAUGUAUUACUCUGUCGCUGCCUGCUCUUAAUCUGCUAAUAGACAAUAAAAAGAAGAUUUAUCUGUAUAAGGAAGGUAGGUAA